AUGCUUACGCACCAUGCCCAGCCCUUACCACUUGGACCGGCGCACGUUGAGUGUGAGCCAUGCUUGCUGCAGUGCGCCAUACCGGUUGGUCAAGAUUGGGCCAUGCGCGAGGCAGGCGGCGUUAUCGGAGGAAGCCGUGGGCGGUUCGCGAGGGCGUCUGCUACUCUAGCGAUUCUGGCAUUGCUGUGUUGCGCCGUCGCCACAGGCUUGGUUUGCACCCGGGGUGCAGCAUCCGUCGGGUCUGGAGACGCAAACCACAUGUCGCUUGCAGGGCUUGAUAUUUCGAGUAGUUCAAGCAAUGCGUCCAUUGACGGAGAUAUCCGAAUACAGAUUUGGCUCUUGCUUCCACGUCCAGAUUUCGACAAGGGUCUUCUUUUGUAUCAUCCUGCGCUGGUAAGCUUCAAAGAUGGUUUCACCGCCAUGGGAGCGAACGUGAGCAUUGUCGGUCGUUCCGAUUUCGAGCUCAUCAAGGCGCACCUCGCAUCCACAUCAGCACUAUCGGAAUCGCAUUGGAUUGUGAUUUUCCCUCACGAUGGCGAGGAUGCUUCGUGGCUUCAACUGCAAGAGUGUCGCAAACGUGGCGCGCGACUGGUUGUCUUUAAUACGGAACCAGGCUAUCCUGGCCAACCUCAGAGCAUUACCCAACUCGUCAGCUACCUUGGCGCAGCUGAGAUUUGGGAGUAUUCGCAGAAGAAUCUGCUGUACUAUCACAGCACCACUCCUGCAAUUGUACGGUAUGUUCCACCUCAUUACACUCAUUCCUUAGAUUACGGUAUUGAUCUGCACGGUGGCCCUGUACAGAAGAUGAAUUCGACAUGCGUUCUUCAAACUAAAAGCACCCGGGAUUCCACGAUCAUGGAUGCAGUGUCUGAGUUUUUCCAAGGUUCAUUGCAAGAGUUGGAGGUCAACCCAGCCAACGCAACACUCUCGACCAUGAGAAACGCGUUCAUAGAUUGUGCGAUUGGUCUAAAUUUGCAUGCGUUGGGCGGUGACCUAUCUGUAGGACAAAUGGAGUCGUUCCGCAUGGCCUUGUUUCUUUCAAACAAGAUGUGUGUGGUGUCCGAGGGACUUGACCCAGUGGAGAUGCCGAUCUGGGACGGCCUCGUGCAGACGCCAGGUGUUUGGAAGCCAGAUAUGGAGUCAAGACUUGCAGGUUUGAAGCAGGUGGCGGAUUCUUGCUCAUACAAGAGCUCAGGGAGGACCCCGUAA